AUCUUAAAUAAAUUAAGAAGAAUAUUUGUGUUUAAAUAUUAAGCGUUAGUUGCCCAUCUUCUGAAAGUAUUGUAUCGUUGCAUGCUAGUUGCUUGCGGAGAAUGUCAAAAUUGUUUGUAUGUUUAUAUUGUCGCAAAACACAAAAGAAAAUAACGUGAAGAUGUAUGUCGUGUAAAGAGGUUUUUGAAGUCAAGAAGAAGGAAUGGCAUUUAAAAGUUGGCUUGAAUGAUACAAAAUGAUAAGCUAGGAAGGUCUGCAGGUGCGAUGCACGCUGUGCGCACUUAUGUGGGCGUGGACGCAUAGCUCUGGUGGCAGCAGCGCAUAUCCGUGCACGACCUGAGCUGUCGCACUGCCGAGAUGGGGAACUGUUGUUGCAAGUCUGCGUCCGAUCCCAGAGUGUUCCGUCAUGGUUACGAAAUGCACAAUGGUACAGACACUGGCGACCUGGGAAAAGUCGGUGACCAUUAUAUCUGCGACCCCACCAGACCUAUCCGGAUGCACAACCCGCGGGGCACCGACAUCAUUCGCACUCCAGCAACGCCCUUUGCUCCAAAUUCACACUGUGGUCGGAUAGUCGUUGCCAUGUACAACUUUGAUGCCAGACAAGAGAGCGAUGUGUCUUUCUCGAAAGGAGAUCGAAUGGAAGUGUUGGACGACAGUGAGCAGGAUUGGUGGAAAGUGAGGCACUUGCAAAAUGGAGCAGAAGGGUUGAUUCCUCGAAAUUUUGUUGCAGAGGAGAAGUCUGUGGAGAGUGAAGACUGGUUCUUUACGAACGUGUCGAGGAAAGAGGCGGAGAAGCUGCUGCUCUCCGUGGAGAACCCUCGGGGAACGUUCCUGGUGCGUCCCAGCGAGCACAACCCGCAGGGCUACUCCCUCAGCGUGAAGGACUGGGAGGAAAACAGGGGCUAUCACGUCAAACACUACAAGAUCAAGCCCUUGGACAAUGGUGGCUUCUACAUCGCCACCAACCAGACGUUCGUCACCCUGCAGGCCUUGGUGCAAGCUUACACUAGAAAUGCCCUGGGGCUGUGCCAUGUCUUGGCUCGCCCAUGCCCAAAGCAAAAGCCAAUUGAAGUGGAGCUGUCAUUCAACUUGAGGGACCGAUGGGAAAUUGACCGCAACGAGCUAGAACUAAUACGACAACUGGGUCGUGGAAAUUUUGGCGAGGUGUGGUAUGGUACGUGGAAGGGCACGGAGGUGGCGGUGAAGACCCUGCGUCCGGGCACCAUGUCCACGCAGGCAUUCCUGGAGGAGGCGGCCAUCAUGAAGAAGUUCCGGCACCCGCGGCUGGUCAGGCUCUAUGCCGUCUGCUCUGUGGAGGAGCCCAUCUUCCUCGUGCAGGAGUACAUGUGCAAUGGCAGCCUGCAGGAGUUCCUCCGCAACUCCGCCCCCAACGCCCUGCUCUUCGGCGAUCUUCUGUACAUCGCCGCGCAGGUUGCGAGUGGCAUGCAGUACUUGGAAGGUAAGCAGUUGAUCCACAGGGACCUAGCCGCCAGGAAUGUUCUGAUCGGCGAGAACAACAUGGCGAAGAUAUGCGACUUUGGUCUGGCACGCGUCAUCGAGGAUGAUGAGUACUGCCCCAGGCAGGGUUCACGUUUUCCUGUCAAGUGGACAGCCCCAGAGGCGAUUGUGUAUGGCAGAUUCUCCAUCAAAUCAGAUGUGUGGUCGUACGGGAUUCUUUUGAUGGAACUUUUUACCUACGGUCAAGUUCCAUAUCCUGGUAUGCACGGGAGGGAGGUGAUAGAGCAGGUGGAGAAGGGGUACAGAAUGCCCAAGCCUGUCUCCCCAGCCAUCCCAGACUCCAUAUACAACCUGAUGCUCGACUGCUGGGCUGCUGAUCCAGAUAAGAGACCCACGUUUGAGUACCUGAAUCACUUCUUCGACGACUUCAGCACCACAUCGGAGGUGCCCUACAGAGAAGUGUGAUGUGGAGCUUGUAAAAUAACUUGUGAAAUCAGUGUUGCGGUAAUAGAAUUUUGCAUUAUUUUUGCAUUUAUGAGAUUGAAACAUGCAACCUUUUUGAGUGUGUGCAGAGAAUCCCAUAAAUACAGAUGUGUUCAACGUUGUAUAAUAGUUUUAGGACCAUAUUGACCGAUCGUGAAGUAAUCUGUCGACAAUAACAACUGUUACGAUAACGAUGUUUGUUGACACGGUAGAAAAGACAGAAUUUGCUGAUUUUUUUGCAUGUUGUGUCACUGGUUCUCAUGACCGUAGGUUUCAUGUAGUUUGUUGUUAUCUUCACAGUGUGAGUGGAGUGAUUUGCUCAAAAGUCAAAAAUAUUGUAUUGUGAUGUACUGUUAGGUUCUAUAAGAGAAAAGUAUUUUAAGAAGAAUGAGCUAUAAAUGUAUUUUAUUUCUUUUUUGUAAUUUACAUAAUAUGAGCUAAAUAAGUAAUAUAAUUUGCAACUGUACAAUCUUGUACACAUUAAACUUCACUUGGUGAAUAAUUAUAUUUUUGAGAAAACUACAUGGAUCUGUCCAUGUGAUGUGCUGUGUUCAUUCAAGAAAACAAAAUUAUGUUUUUUUUAUAGCAUAUUACAUCAGAUUUUUUUCCCCACUUGCCUACCUUGUAUGUGAUAUGAAGUGUGACAUCAUAGUAUAUUUGAAAUGUACAUGUUACUUGCCAUAUAUCCAUAUAUAUUACUUUGAUUCCUUUAUUCCAGUGCCAUGUUAUUUAUCUUUUCCAUUUUAACUAUGUAAUUUGGUAUAGUGCAAGUAAUGAAUUUCUAUGCUAUGAAAAUCCUUUCUACUUCAUGGGUUUUAACUUACUGCCUUCUUUUAAGUUAUCUUUGCAUUUUAAAAACAAAAUCUUGUUCAGAAACUUGUCAAAUAUUUGUGAUGUAGUUUAAGAUUUGUAGGUUUAAAACCUGAUAUUUAUUGAAAUGGGAUAUGUAAGCAUUUUUUCACUGCAGAUACAAUACCUUUUAUGUAAAUUUUUGAUCUUAUUUUACAUUCUGAAAACAGCAAAGAAAUGAAAAUUUUGUGCUCCAGAUGGUGUAAAGAAAACACACAUGAAAAUAAAUUAUUUUGUUAUCUAAUAUUACAAACAAAAUAAAAAAAACCGAUGAAAUUUUGGUUUAAGAUGAAGUUUGAUCAACGUCCUGCAAACCUACCACUUUUAACACACGAGGAUUUGCAUCUGCAGUGACAGAGACAGACCUAUGAUGAUUGUGCAUUGUCUUUGCAAGCUUUUUUUUUUGAAGCAGUAAAUGAUAGGAUGACAAGUUCUUUAAGGAAGUGGUAGUGCUUACGUAAUCUAAUAAGUCUGUCAACGUGUCAACAUUCUCUAAAAUGCUUUCAUUUUGACAGAAUAUUAAAAAAAAUCAUUUUGAUAUUAGUUUUUAUACCUAUUUUCUAUUGAGGUAUAUGAGGAUAUGUGUAGUUUAUAUUUGUCUUUUCUUGUUGCAAAGCUGUCAUAAACUCCGUAUGCUGAAGUAAAAUACAUAUUUGCAAAUUUAAAUAAAGCUGUUAAUUUUUUGUAUAUACGUAUUUUAAUGACAUGUAUUCUACAAACCAUUUUUUGCUGUCAUUCCACACCGUAAUAAUUAACAAAUAUGCCUACAGGUAAUUAAUCUUGAAAUUCCAGGCUAGGACACUGAAAAGUAGUUUUUAUUAAUUAUUACUUUGAAAAACAUUUUUGACAAGCUGUUAAGGAUGGAUUACAAUGAAAACUUGCGUUCAUUAGCCGUAUGUGAAUAAAAAGUAUGUACUCUGGCUGUGUUAACGUAUGUACGUUCAUCUAGAUUGGUAGACAUGGUUGGCAUAUGGCAUAAUUUUAUUUCGUAAGUGCAUAGAGCCAUUAGACAGUAGGAAGUUAACAGAGCAUAAGAAUAAUUUUAUUAUUAUUAUUAUUAUUAUUAUUAUUAUUAUUAUUAUUAUUAUUUUAAAAACGUGUGUUGUUGAAGUGAAAAAAACAAACGGAUAAACACAUGUCCAAUAAAUGUGAAGAUGAAUAUUUUUAAGGAAUGAUAAAAUUUGGUUAAAUUGUCCAAAAUCAUCAAAUGACAUUUGAUACGUAUUUCUUUAAAAAUAAAUAAUCUUGUGCAAUUUGUGAGGCAGAUAUAAAGUUUAGUUAUGCCCAAAUGGUGAGUUCAGUUUGUUUAAAUGUUUGUUUAUUUAUUUAAUUAUACAAAAUUCCGGUUACAUUACAAUUUUUUAGUUAUUCAUACAAGAGUAUUGGCCUUAACUGUUUUUAUUACCAUUUAGAGAGAAAUUAUAACAAUUUUUAAAAAGAAUUUUAAAAAAAAGAUACAACCAACUUUCAAAUAUCUGCGGGCCGAUUAAGCUACCAUAAUUUUAGGGGUUGUAUUAUCAAUUUCUUUAAUUUAUACAACCCCAUUAUGUUAAUAAAUUGAAUGGGAAAAUAAUAAAUUUAAAAAAUGUGGUCACUGUGGUUUAGAACAACUCUGGUAACACUACUCUUGACUUCUUUGUUCUACUCUCACCCGUCUCUUCCCUCUGCUAACAGAGAGGACCUGCUGUCUGUAGUCUCUUGCUAGCUUAUAUUACUUAUCUCGCCAUUCCCACAGUAGGAUACUCGAGCUGCAGUUUGUCACGUAAGGCACUGUCCUCAUGCAAUUCUGCACACAUUGGUAAGGCACAGCUCUAUUAUAUACUUUUGUUUUUACACAUAGGAAGUUUUCAAUGGCUUUUUCACGGUGUAAUGAUGUCCCUAUACUGAUACAAAUUUAUACUUGUAUAUAAGGAAAAUGAACUACGUGCUUGUAUUUCUAAACUUCUGCUUUACCUGGUGUUGUCGAAAACGAUUCUUUUUCAAUAACAAGACAUUAAUAUUCCCUCCUGUGGUAAAAUUUUCUUUAGAAGACAUGCCGCUACCAAUAUUAUUUUAUAUUUUUAUAAUAAAACAUUUACUUUUGUGCACAGCGCCACUGAAAAUCGACUUUGCGCUAGUUGUGUAAAAUGCACUCCAAUACUCUGGCUACACUUUGGAUAUGUGUCAGCAGCCAUGAACUCCACUGCAGCUGUUUUUCACUGCCUCAGUUGGGCAAAGAUGUUAGCAUAGGUGACAUACUGUCUUUCAACUUACCGCAGAAAGAAAUGCUAUAAGGUUAGGUUCUAUGAUCAUGGUCGCUGUGAGUCCUACACAUGUUAUCGACUACUGUCAGACUGAGCCACCUUCCAAGGAGAUGUGCGUUGAAGUCUCGUACAGUCAUGUGGAAGAGCCUGUAUUCCAUGUUGUUGGAAGAUGAUCGUUUGAAUUGUCUUCCAAUCGUCGUAGAAGACAAUAUAAACAGGUUUUCUUAACUGGAAAAGAAGAGUUUUUAAACCUUAUCCCAGGACAGAGAAUACUUUCAGAGAUAAUUUAAUAUGGGAUUUUCAGUUUCCAAUCUUACAUUGUGCACAAUGUCGUCGUCAAUACUUGAUAGCACCUCUACACAGAAUGUGUAACACCAUAAUUAUUCUAUAAGUGCCUGGACUUAAGGGAGUUUGUGAAACAUUUUAAAAUAAAAUUUCCAAAGAUACUCUGCUUAUUGGACAUUAUCAGGUAAAUGUGGUGCACAUUUUUGUUUCCUAGAGAGUAAAUAAAGAUCAUUUGUAAUUACAGUAAAACCGCGUUUAUCUGGUCUAACUGGGACCAAAGACAAUCCAGACAAUCGAAAAUGUGAGUAAUAUGGGUAAUACACAAAACAAAAUUCCUAAAAAGCAGACUUACCAUUUAUUACUACAAAACCAAUAUUUUGUAACAAAAUUACAUAAAUAAUAUACAUGCCCUAAUAUUGUUUACAAGACAUUAAGAAAUAUAAAAAUUACUUUUCACAACAUUCCUUAGCAAAGAAUUGGUCCACUGUCUUCUGUUUCAUACACGUCUGAUGUUUGAAUGAAGCACGGUUAUGAAAAAGCUUUCCCAUUGAUAGUUCAGCUGGAGUGGUGUCGAGAGGCUGAUGCUCCAAGUAUGCCAGGCCAUGAUGUCAGCUGGUGGGCAGGAUCUGCAUGUGCAGUGAUCACUUCUCAUCCACUUCAUCUUCCUUACUGUCUGCUAUAGAUGUGCAUGCCACGAAAAUUUCUUAUUCUGUAAUAGUGCCAUAGCCACUCGCUGACGUCCUCCACAUCAACAUCUGAACACCCACUUACUGUUCAUAACAUAAGUAGAUGGUCAUCAGCAGCCACUUGCACCAAAUCAUCACAUAGCCAUUAAAUUUGUAGUACAAAUAGCAGGCCACAGUUUCUUUCAUGAUUUUUUCAAACUUGGUGUAAUGCAAUCCCAAGUGUCAGCAACCAGUUAAAUAACAUCUUUGAUAUUGAAUAUUGUUUUGACAAAUCAAACACACUUUUCUUUCCCCUUCUUCAGCAAUCAUUUUACCAAGCAGUUCUUUUCGGUAAACUCUUAUGAUGGUACUGAGGAUACCUUGGUCCGUAGACUGCAGCUGUGAGGUUACAUUUGGUGAAAGAAAUUUCACUUUAAUUCCUCCACCCACAAGUCCUUACUCUCCUGGAUGAGAUGGAACAUCAUCAAUCAGUAAAAUUUCCUUUUUCCGGUAAACUAUUUUCUUUCAGGAACUUUCAAACUUCAGGAACAAAGUUUUUUUUAUUUUUUUUUAAAAAAAUCCCAGUUUUUAAACAAAAAAACUUUCCAUCCACACAUUUUUUUUUGUUGUCAAUAAACCACUGGCAAUGAAUUGUGGUUCACAUUUUUUAGCGCUUGGGGAUUCUUGAAUUUCCCUUCAACAAGAGGAAGCUUAUGUUUCCCUGAUGCAUUGCUACAAACCAUAGCAGUUAUCCUAUCUUUGCUUUUCUUGUAGUCCUUAACUAAAUCUUCAAGCUUUGAUGCUAAUGCUUUACUCGGAAGCAUCCGGUAAAAAAUAGCCCAGUUUCAUCUGCAUUACAAAUUUGAUCUGGUAUCAAUUCCUCAAAUAAAACAAUAUGUUCAAAGUCCUUUUUAAAUUUUUCAGCACCAGCAACAUCACUAGACAAGCUCUCUCCAGUCACAAUUGGUUUUUCCAACUCUCUAGCUACUCCUGGAUAGCAGUAAAUUUUUUGUCAGGAUUUGGUAACUUUUUGUUUAAGCUCAAAGCUUUUUGGGCCAAGAUCGGUCCAGAUAUAGGCACACAGCGUUUUCACAGAGUACUGUACCACAUGAAUAGUGCAUCGUCUAAUAUUUCAUUUUUUUUGCUUUUUUUGUCGUUCCUCUUCCUUCCAAUCUGUCUUUACUUAUCAUUUUACAAGUAUCUUCAAUUUUUUUUUCUUUGGUUCUUCCAGUCUAACACUGUUGAAGUUCCAACUCCCAAUUCAGCAGCUAUUUUCUUCAAUGCUUCUCCUUUAUCAAUUUGAUUAAUAGCGUAUAACUUUUUAUCCAUUGAAACCACAAUCUUUUUUCGCUUAGAUGCCAUUUUAAUGCUACACUAACAAACACUUUAAUAAAAAACAAGAACAAAAUGUGUAGAAUAAAUUUAAACAUAAACAAUCCGCGUGAACCACACAGGCAAUAAACAAGACAAUGAGUGCCGUUUGAAAACUGUAAGAAACUGAAGAGAUUGAAGGAGGGAAAGUGAUAAGUAAUGAUCAAGGUCAAUGCUCACUCCUAGCAAUGUCUUAUCUAUAGCUGGUAGGUCGAUUACAUGUCGCCCUGUGACACUUAUAGCAUCAGACAGGUGUGAAGGAGUGGGCAGGUCCAUGAUGUGGCAUUGGGGGUGAGAGAACUGCAGGGCUCGUCACAUCAAAACAUUCUUUGCUUUUAGAAUGACCCACGUACUCUAUGAUGAGUGCUGAUAAAACGUAGCAUUAUAAAAACUAAUGGUAUCAUACAUUUAUGAAGUGAAAAUAGUACCAGGUACACAAUCUUGUGUUAACUGUCUUUGUUUGUGUAGAUGUAAAAAAUAGUUGUUAUUUUUAUAUGAAUAUUAAAUGAAAUGUGUACAAAUCUGAUCCGGAGAUCCGGAUCAACUAGGACCGGAUAAAAGAGGUUUUACUGUA